CCUUCCCGAGGUGGAUCCACGAAAAGUAACUGUAGUAACCUCCGCUAAAAGCUGUUGCUGUUGCUGUUGGCCACACAAAGCACGUGUUGCUGAGUCAGGAAUGUCUUAGUCAGCAAUAAGGAGCAAUCUGUGCGGAGCUUUGAGGCUAUCCGAGCUUGAAGCUGAACGCGAAAGCCAACCACCGUCGAGUAGUCCCUUAUAUCAAACUUCAACACCUCGACGAAUAUCUCCCCGCUCGCCUCAAUCUUUUGCUCAGCUCUCAAGAUGGUCCAGUACUACCAGAUCGCCGGCCGCAAGGUUGGAUCGCACUAUUUGGCGAUGGGUGUCCUGACCGCCAUGUUCGGCGGUGUUUACGCCAGCUUAAGCGGCCCGAGCAAGGUCCCCAAGGCGGGCACUACUCCCCCGAUAAAUGCUGCUUCGUCCGACGAGGCCGAUUUUAUCAAGAAGUUCCUCGACGACAACUCUGGCAAGGGGAAGAGUGAAGGAAAGCACUGAGACGAGCAUUACCGCGGAGCGGUACCAUCCCAGGGACGAAGCAUACCACAAUCAUGGCCAUCUGGGCCCGUGUAAACUUAUUAGACGACAACAUGUCGUUAAUAGAAGCCGAUGCUGCUAGAUCG